UUUUGUAUAACCAAGAGAUACUUAAUUCAAAAGUACGAAAUUGAUCGUGCAAGUGCGAUUGCGGCAGUUAGAAGGGGGACACUUGUGUACGCGCUCUCCAAUAAUACGCCGAUAUAUGGUCGACGCUUUUAUUUGCUAAAGACACACCACGCCAACAGUUUUCAGAAAAUGUUGAGGUUCUUAGUGCUGUUUCUGGCACUAGUCACGAUCGACGCGUACAGACUGCCGAGAAGUGUUACGCCGGAGAACUACAGGCUGGAAAUUUUUACGUAUUUGGGAGAAAAAGACAACUUCGACUUUGACGGAAAAGUGUGGAUAGAGACUUCCUGCGUUUCGCCGACCUCUAACAUAACCUUGCAUUCGAAGUCUCUCGAAAUAUUCGAAAACGAGGUCACUCUGCGCGACAUCUCCAGCAAGGUCCCGCGGGAAGUGAGGAACCUCAAAAUUGCCUACGACAUACCCAACGAUUUCCUCAUCAUCAUACUCGAGGAGAGUCUAAAGGAGGAUCACCGUUACGAGAUCUUCAUACGGUUCAGGGGAAAACUCGACGACGGUCUGGCAGGAUUCUACAGGAGCAGCUACGUCGACAAACAGAGCAAGGAGAAAAGAUGGUUGGGCGUCACCCAGUUCGAGGCUAUCAGCGCUAGGAGGGCGUUCCCGUGCUUGGACGAGCCCGAGAUGAAGGCCACGUUCGACAUCAGCAUCGCAAGGAAGGAAGGCUACAGGGCUAUAAGCAACAUGCCGCUUCUGACUACGGAACCUGUAAAAGAGAAAGCGGGAUGGUACUGGGACAGAUUCGACAUUUCCGUCCCGAUGUCCACUUACCUGGUAGCCUACGUCGUGUCCGACUUUGAUUACAGAGAAGCGGAUGCCACUGUCCAUAUGAACAACGUUUCGUUCAGAAUCUGGGCUCGGAAAGACGCUCUAAACCAAGUAGACUUUGCGAAGGACGUGGGGCCUAGAGCCUUGAAAUUCUACGAAAGGUUCUUCAACAUCGAUUAUCCGCUUCCGAAGCAAGACAUGGUCGCGAUACCGGACUUCAGCGCCGGAGCUAUGGAGAACUGGGGCCUGAUCACCUAUAGGGAAGCCUAUCUGCUCUACGAUCCCGAAGUGUCCUCCAAAACGAGCAAACACAGUGUGGCAAGCGUUAUCGCCCACGAACUCGCCCAUCAGUGGUUCGGUAAUUUGGUGACCAUGAAAUGGUGGACGGACCUGUGGUUGAAUGAAGGGUUCGCCACUUACAUGGCGAGUCUGGCAGUAGAGCAUUUGUUCCCGCAGUGGAACUCCCUGCAAGAGGAAGCGGCCGGUAACAUGCUCAGCGUGUUCUCUUUCGAUUCCCUUAGAACUUCACACCCAGUCUCGGUUCCCAUUGGGGACCCAAAAGAAAUAGAUGAAAUAUUCGAUACAAUCUCGUACAAAAAAGGAUCUUCUUUAAUCCGCAUGAUGAGCCUGUUUCUGGGCGAAGAGACUGUGAGGAUUGGAGUCAGUAAAUAUUUGAGGCAACACAGGUACAGCAACGCUGAACAGGAUGACCUUUGGGCCUCGCUAACCGAAGUAGCCCAUCAAAACGGCGUACUACCCAAAAAUUUGACGGUAAAAACUAUCAUGGACACCUGGACUCUCCAGACCGGCUAUCCAGUGAUCCACGUACAGAGAGAUUAUGAAAAUCAGACAGCUAACAUUAGGCAGGAAAGGUUCUUGAGGGAUACGGUGAAAGCAAAAGAAGAAACUGAGCAAUGCUGGUGGGUGCCGCUCAGUUACUCUACUCGAGACAAGCCGGAAUUCGAAGCGACCACGCCCAAGUACUGGCUGUCGUGUCCUAACGAGGGAGAGCAAGUACUCGAGCACGUCGCAGCCGACAACGAAUGGGUCAUUUUCAACAACAAAAUGGCCGGUAUUUACAAGGUAAACUACGACGAUAAAAACUGGCGCUUGAUCGGCGAAACUCUACAAAGCGCGGAGUACAAAAAAAUCCCUACUUUGAAUAGGGUCCAGCUAUUGUCGGAUGCAGCCGAUUUGGCGUUCGUCGGCCAUUUAAAGUACGAGAUAUUCUUCGGCUUGCUAAAAUACCUGCACGUGGAGUACGAAUAUCUGCCAUGGAAAACGGCUCUUGGCAAGACCGGGACACUCACCAAUUACCUCAAAAAAAAGCCAUCGUACGGAGUAUACAAGGACUACAUGCGAAAACUGUUGACCCCGAUCUAUGAGAAAACCGGCGGACUAGAUGUGACCAAGGAAGAACGGUCAGACAAAUUGGACAAAAUUAAACUUCAAGUAUUGUCGGCCAGCAAGGCGUGUAAAUUCGAAGUAGCGGGCUGCGUCAACGAUGCCGUAAGGCUUUUCAAGAUGUGGCAGGACUCGCCCGCACAAAAUCCAGUCCCUAAAGACUUAAGAGGGGUCGUUUACUGUACCGCCCUGAAACAUGGCGGCGAAUCGGAAUGGGACUUCCUGUGGCAGCAGUACCAGACUUCCAACGUGGCUACCGAGAAGAACACGAUGCUGAGCGUGCUGGGAUGCACCCGGGAAAUCUGGUUACUCAGCAGGUACCUGCAGUGGUCCCUCGACGACUCGAAAAUUAGAAGACAGGACAGCAGUUCGGUGUUCAGCGCAGUAGCUAGGAACGACGUGGGUUAUUUUAUAGCCAAGAACUUCUUCUUCGACAACGUCAACGAAAUCUUUAAACAUGUAUCGCCGAACAAGAGGCGGAUCAGCAGGUAUUUGUCGUCGAUCGCUGCCCAAAUGACAGAAGCCAAGGAGCUGGAAGAGCUGGAACAAUUUAUACACGCGAACCAGCAAAACUUCUCGGAAGUGAAACAGGGGGUGGACCAAUCGUUGGAAACGGUGAAAAUAAACGUGCAAUGGCAACAAAAACACGGACAGGAAAUGGAGGCCAUACUGGAUGCGUAUUCGAAGGAAUGAACGAAAACGCGCCGCCCAGUUUAUAAACAAAACUUUAUUUAAAUUAAAAUGUCAAUAAUUUAUUACAGUCAAUUUACAAAUAUCAUUCCCGAUUUUAUACAUUAUUUAUAUUGUAUAUUUUUUAUAUUUAUUAUUAUACAUGUACUUAAAACGGUAAAAAGUAUUUUCCUCGAUUUAUACACAGGUGGUCGGCGAGACAAAUUUAAUAACGCAACAGAACAGUGGUGUCAAUAAAUGACGGUCGUUUAUUACA